AUGCUUCUACCGUACUUGGUAACUUUUCUGUUACUGUUCGUACCGGCCGUAACUCCAUCCACGGCCAACAUCUCGUCGUUGAUCGAGGCUCUCGGCCCGAACAAACUAUGUUCAGUGUAUGAUCCGUUCAAGGUCCUCCCCGAGAACAACAAGGUUUCCCUCUCUUCCCUUCUCUUAUGACGCGACAUUUCUCAUUUCAGUUCCAAAUCGGCGGCAGUUUCCCUCUUCACCAGGACGACUGCACCACUCUUCGACCCGACACUGUCCAAGAGAUCGUCGCCAUUCAGUGGGCGCUGACCCAUUGGAACCAGAACGAGGAGAAUGGAGAUUGUAAACUCGGUAAGGAACGCAUUCCAAUCCAUCUUCUGAUUUUCAAAACAAUACUUUCUUUCCAGGGCUCUACGCCGGUGAUACCUGUUCGCGGUCCGCUGAAUCGCUUUCUCAAUCGCUUCGUUUCCUGGAUUCAGUCGGAUACCACGAGCCAAAAGAAUGCAGAACUGAGACUCCCGGAGCCAAAUUGCUUGGGCUCAUUGCUCCAAAGGAUUACGCUUCGUCGAUGUCUCUCGGAAAGUUCCUGUCCGUCUCGGCGGUCCCCGUGGCUGCCUAUUCGUCUGACUCGGUGAAUGCACUUACGGAGCUAGAUGUUGAGAACACGAUUGCCACGUCUCCAACGAUCGGAGUGUACGUGGAAGCACUGAUCCGACUGAUGAACCAAAUGAGAAGUAACUUGGUGACUGUGGUGGAUGAUGGGUCUCAGAACCCGAUUGUGAAAAGGUAACGAAAGCCGAAAGAGUUCGGAAGCAAGUGGCAUUUUCAGAGUGAUCUCCUACCUCCGCGAUGCCGAUAUUUUCGUCUCCGAGACCAUUCCCAUAGAUCAUCCGUUCUUGGCUCAAGCCCUCGAGGACAGCGACUCUUCCAUCGUGGUCAGUGUGCUCAACAAGAAACAGUUGACUAGGAUCGUGCGUCAUCCGUCCAUCUACGCGAUGGCCAAGAUGUGGAUAUCGAUACCGACGGAAGGAGAAGCUCUCGAUGAGGCCGAGCAACUGGAUGUGCUGCACAAGGACGCCAAGCUGGAGGUCAUUGCACUGCAGCCAAAGUACAAAGAACUGCCCCAGUUCCGUGAUUACUUCAUUCGUGUCCUCCGCAACAACUUCAAGAACUAUCAGCUGCUCACUUCGUACAUCGAACAAGUGUACAACUGUACAAACGAAGACUGCAAUCUGGACAAGGAAGUGAUGAUGAAGAACUACGUUCAGGCGAGAACAGCCGAGGCUUCCAUCAGAAUGACGUAUGCUUUCGCCGCGGUCGCCAAGAUCAUCGGAGCGGACAAGGAAUACGAGAAGACGUGCUCGCAUGCUUCUUCCGAAUGCACUGAACUCAUCAUGGAGACGUUGGAAACACUCGAUUACGUAUUCAGCAAACAAGAUCCGCCGGAGUUCGCCGGUGAACGUUUGCAAUUCUACAGAGGCAAUGAGAACAUCCUGCUCGCCUCAGGAAUGCAGGUCGAAGCGAUUGAGAUCUACAAUCAGGACGAGGAGCCAGUGACCGCCCGUCUGCUCAGUUUCACCACCGGAUCGCCCCCAACUGUCAUCAUGUCGUCUCUGCGAUCGGCCGACCAGAGGCUCCGUUCCAUCUGUGCUCCGUAUCGACCGUUCUGUGGGCAGUGCCCUAACCUCCAGAUUGUCAAUGCCGAUGUAAGUGGGUCCGAAUCCUUCCAGUCUCUAAUAUCUGUUUCCAGCAUCACUUCCUGUCGAUCCCUCGGCACUAUCCUCUCUAUCUGGUUGGUCUUUUCGAUCUGCACAGUGGCCAGACAUGCCAAUCGAUGGCUCACACCGACAUCUCCCUUCCGAUGGCAUUCGUGCACACUGUCUGGACAUUCAAACAGCGGUUCCCCCAACUCGGUCUUCUCAAGGAUCUCGACUUUGGCGCCCUGCUCAUCGACAGUUGCUCAUCUGGAAAACAAGCGAUCGAGUCUGUCGUCCGUUCGGAAACACAGUGUUUCCGUUUUAACCAGGCCGGUCGGAACAUCACCAUCGUGCCGAAAUCAGUGUUUGGAUACGCGAGUGCCCUUCACGGAGACUCUCAGGAAUCCCUCAAGGGCUACUUCUCUUCCGGAGACACGGACGCCGCUCUUGUCUCCGUCGACUCCGAGCACUCUGCUCUUCAGAGAUCUUUCACUGCUCUUCCGUCCUCCAGAAACCAAGCUCUUGCUCUUCUGAAACUGCUUAAUCGCAUGCAAUGGCAAUUCGUGACUGCAGCUCUAAGCGAGCAAGAUCCAGAAUCGCUUUCCCUGUUCCGCAGUUUCGAACGUCUUGCUCUUGAUCGCGGAGUCUGUCUGGCUGAAGUCAUUAACAUUGGCGGAUCUCGAAUUGACAAUGUCCGCAGCACCACUAACGUCACGGUCGUGUUCGCGACCGCCCGAGACGCGGCCGAGUAUCUUAUCUCAUCUAAACCACGUGGAAACCAUGUGAAUGUCAUGAUGGGAGAAGCCCACGACUGGUAUCUGCACGCGCCGAACAACAAGGAACAGUUUCCUGGAACAGUGUCGGUGCAGCCGAGGAACAUUCUGUACGGAGACUUCCGUGAAUGGCUCGAGACGACAACUCCACUCACACUCCCGGAGCUCUGGUAUUGGUCGUACAUCGAAUCGCGAUACGGAUGUGCUCUGAGUCAGAAAAGCAAGGUGAUCUACGGAAAGAUGUGCACUGGGGACGAGCUGCUCAACAUUGAAUCUCUCGGUGAACUCUUCUAGCAUCCUCUUUCAUACAAAAUUAUAUCGUUUCAGGUCGCAUGACGAAAGCAGGAUACUUGUCGCGAGGACUCGAAAGAUUCCUUUUCGCGAUGGACUCCGUUUACAAGAAUCUGUGUCCUGCCCAAAACGGACUUUGUCUUGAGUUCUACGAACAAGGACGCAAGCAGAUUCUGACUCAACUGAAGAAGACGUCGACUGAGGAUGACGUGGAAAUCUACGAGUUCCUUCCGGACAUCAACAACCAUUUCACGUACCACCUCAUUGCCAACUGGACUAUGACGACUGGGUUGAGAAUGACAAACCAAUACAGAAAUGGAAAUGGAAUGUCAACGGAGAGCAAGUGUCAGCCACCGAUGUGCAAGUGCUUCCUCGAUGGCGACUUCUUCCAGGUAAUAUUAUUCUAUACUUUGAGAAUGAAUCCGUUAUAUCAGCGUCCAUUGGAUUCGUUCGUGUUCCGUCCAGAUGAGCCGGAUGGCGGAGGGCAAGCGUCUUACAUCAAGAGACAACCGGCAUUCGGAUCGGAGAAGAUUCAGUACCAGUCAGUGCUGGAGCACAUCACGACGGGCCACUGGAGGGACCACCCGCACAACUACGUCCUUCUCGCUCUCAUCACAGUCCUCGUCGUCGUAGCUGUUGCCGUUCUCGUUCUCGGUAUCAUUUUAAUCUAUUUUCCAACCUUAUCCCUUUUUCAGUUCUUGUCAAACUUUACCUUCGUGUCGUGAAAGGCAAUCAAUCUUUGGGAAUCUCUUUGCUCAUCGGAAUAAUCAUCCUCUACGCCACCGCGUUCUUCUUUGUCUUCGAUCCGACUGACUCGGUGUGCAGACUGAGAGUGAUCCUUCACGGACUCGGAUACACUAUCUGCUUUGGUAUUCCCAAAAAUCAAAUGUUGUUUCGACAAAUGUUUUGAUUUUCAGGUGUCAUGAUUGCUAAAGCAACUCAAUUAAGAAACGCAGAGACGCUUGGCUUCGGCACUUCGAUUCACAUCUCCUUCUGGAACUACUGGCUCCUUCUUUUCUUCAUCGUCGGAGUUCAGAUCGCGCUUUCUCUCCGCUGGUUCCUUGAGCCAUUCAUGUCGACGAUUGGAGUCAUCGACACGAAUGUUCAGAGAAUGAUGUGCACGAUGGGAAAGUCAGUGCAUCCUACUUGUUUUGCUCUUAUGUAAUCUGAGCCUUUACAGAGUUGAAUUCGUGGUGUCCAACUUCUACGUGAUGAUCCUCAUCUUCAUGGCCCUCUUUAUCAAUCUGCUCAACCGAAACAUCAAGAGGAACUACAAAGAGACCAAGUGGUUGCUCUAUUCCACAGUCGGAUGCUUCUUCACUUGGGUCGCCUGGAUCACUCUUUACCUAGUGCUCGACCACGAGUUCCGAGACUCGGUCAUCGUAAUCGAACUGAUUGCUUGUGGAACCAUCCUGCUCGGCUUCCUUUUCGGACCAAAGAUCUACAUUCUUUUGUCCUAUGAACCAGUUGUAGUUGCCUUCAAGAGAGACCCAUUCCCGAAUCACACUGAUCUCUUCGAGAAAGGUUUAUCUUUCCUCUAUCAACCCAAUUCAGCACAGCCUGUAUUCAGAAGAUGACCUCCCUUCGCAACGCGCCGUCUCACCCGCCUCUUCGACGUCUUCUUCUUCGAACCGUUCCUCUUCUGGAUCUUCGUACACGUCUUCCUCCAAACGACCCGUGAAUGCCGUCGGUCCAUUGCCUCUGCACAAGAACGUUGAAGACCAGUCUCCAAUAUUUCACACCGUCAUGAGAAAGAAGACGAAAGUUCGCCGAUCGAACAGCGAACACGAAACCAUCGUGAGUACCGUACCCCUUUCAUUGUUGAAAUGAGCCUUCUCAGAUGAACGUCGGCAUCCCGAUGACGUCAGUGCCCAUCAUCAGAAGUCCGUCGGCGCGCGACGAGAAGAUUCAUCGAGUGGCGAUCUCGCCCCCGCUCCGAGACUGA